CGUGGCGCGACGCCCUCCAGAGUCCAACCUGAGUUCCGAACGUAGUUUAAAAUCGAUGCUUCUCGCAGGUUAACGUUCAGUCUGCGAGGAACCUCCGCGCGCGUCAUAUCAUCGCACCAGGUGUACUCGGAAAACACCCCUUGUCUGUCACGCGUCGAAAACAAAAGCUCACUUUGUUCAACUUGUUCCGAAACCGGAAUGAAAUUUUGUCCGAAAUGAUCUACAGCCGAUCGUUAAAAAUGACGAGAGAAAAAAAAGAAUCGUUGAAAUGAUUUUGAAAAAUGACGCAUGAAUGGCAAAAUUUUCUUAACGAUAUAACGGAAAAUGAAUCUUCGCCGACUUUUUCUGGGAUCGAUUUCAGACUUACGUUACGAAUAUGGGGAGGAACAUUCGAAAGAUUACUACGAGAGGAUCGUCUGUAAUUUGUACGAUAAAAAAAGUGUAUUCAAAAAAAUUUUACCGCCGAGUUUUAAACAGUAGAGAAAUCAUAGAUCGUUGAAUAUUCGUGUAGAAAAUCUUUUCGACGGUUGUGAAUGUGCUUGAAAAUUUCCAUCUGCUCCUGCAGACGGACGUCGAGAAGGCGCCGAAAAACGGAGGAAAAAUAUUCUCCGAGUUUGUCAUCAGCUUCGCUUACGUCGUCACCGGAAGAAAAAACCGGAGUUCUCCAAACGAAUCUCAAAAAUUUGGUUCACAUGAACGAUCUCUGAGGAAGGAUCUAUUUUUUCAUCGUAGACGAUAGCAUGAAGCACGGUGAUUCCUUUUCGACGUUGGCCAACUACCGUUACCUCUGCGUAUUGUUCACUCUGCUCUGGCUGGGCGAUCACGUGACAUCGAUCAACUCGAGAUCAUGUAACUCACCUUUGGGGAUGGAGUCCGGUGAUAUUCCAGACUCCGCGGUCAACGCGUCAUCUUCAUACGUAACGAACGUCGGACCACGUUACGCCCGAUUACGCAAGGAAACUGCGGGUGGCGCGUGGUGUCCGAAGAGACAGAUCGAAGCGGAAGUCCGCGAGUGGUUAUUGGUGGAUCUGGGUGGUUCCCACCUCGUGAGAACGAUCCAAACACAGGGACGUUACGACCACGGCCGCGGUCAAGAGUACGUCGAAGAAUACACGGUGGAAUACUGGAGACCAGGAUUCUCCGAAUGGCGAGAAUACCGCAGAUGGGAUGACGAAAAGAUAUUGACGGGAAACACCGACACGGCUACCGUCGUAUCCCAAGAAAUGGUACCCCCGAUUAUAGCCAGUAAAAUUCGUCUGCUGCCUCAUUCGGUUCACAGGCGCACAGUGUGCCUUCGUAUCGAGCUAAAGGGGUGCCCCGAGACCAGUGGUGUGGUGAACUACGCCAUCCCUGAAUCUCCGGUGACAGAACUAAGCGACACCUUAUACGACGGUCGUCGACAACACGGCGUACUCUUUGACGGUCUGGGUCGGUUAAUGGACGGGGAGAUUGGCGCCGACGACUACAGAAUUGACAUGGGCUAUGGAAAAGGCACGAGCUGGGUUGCUUGGAUGAGCGAUUCCUUUCCAACGAACUACGUCGAACUCGUCUUCGAGUUUGACGAGAUCAAGGUUUUUCACGCCGUCCACCUGUACGCAAACAACUACUUUUCCAGGGACGUGCAGGUGUUCUCGAAGGCAAAAAUAUGGUUCAGUGUCGGUGGUCAGUUCUAUAAUGGAAGACCACUUUCUUACUCUUACAUGCCGGAUACAGUAUUAGAAAAUGCUCGUAACGUAACGAUCGGUCUGCACGGAAGAAGCGGACGAUUUGUCAAGUUACAUCUCCACUUCGGCAAUCGAUGGAUCAUGAUUAGCGAGGUCACCUUUGAGACGUCGAGCUUGUAUGAUAAUACAACGGAAGAAGUGAACUCCGAGGCCAAUGCAGGCGGCAACGAGGUACCUGGGAAUUCGGAGCUGGACCUCACUUUACAAACGAUUACAGCCAGAGAAAAAGGUCAGGAGUACGUCGAGGUCCUCAUAGGGGUUCUAACGGCGAUAACUCUGCUGUUACUACUCGUAUUCGUCAUCAUAUUACUGCUAAGCAGGAGACAGAAACUGCAGAGCUCACCGACUGUACUAAAAAAUCCAUUCGGAUUCGCCGUGAACAUGAAGGGUUUACUGUUGAAUCUGACGCCCAGCGGAAUGUUGCGCGACAACACGCACGCCUCCCCCGGGGCAGGGGAAGAUUUGAGCAUGCACGAGUCCCUGACAAUGGAGCAAUUUCACUCGCCGCUGGUUGCAGCACAGUCGCUCUCCUACGAACCGACCUACGCGACGGUCUUGAAAAACGCUUCUCCGGAGACGUCCAAAGAUCUGGAAGACGCGGACGAGCCGGAACCUCCCUUUCAGGAUGUUUACGAGCACAAGUCCCGUUCGGAGGCAAAAAUGGAUUUGACGGUGGGCGGCGGAGGCGAAAGAUCACCGUGCGGCUACUCCUCGCCGAGCUUCCAAAACAAGGGCGGUUCAUCGGUAUCCAGACAGCAAUACUCUACGUCGCACUCCCAAAAUUAUAGGACCCUGCAGAGUAAUUCGAGCGGAAGUUCGAGGGCGUUAACCAACGCGGUGAUAUCGUCGACCUCCCAGAGGGACCUUGACCUCUGGCACUCGAAACGUUGGCACACGGCGCCCAAGGAGAAACACAAGAUACCGGCGCCCGUGGUCUGCUGGAACAUAGCGCCCAGCAUGAGCAAGCCCUACAAGUGCAAGGAAACGGAGCCCACAGAAAUUCCGAGGCAGUGUCUUCGCGUUACCGAGAAGCUCGGGUCAAGCCACGUUGGCGAGGUUUUUAUCUGCGAGACCGUCGGACUGGACGUCGUGGUCCCCGGAUCGGGGAAACUGGUGAUCGCCAGGGUGCCUCCGAUCGGCGACGAGGAGAGGAGCGCUCCGCGGGUGGAAGCGAUGAGGGAAGUCGGUUUCCUCGCGAAUCUGGUCGACCCAAACUUGGCCCGAAUCUUUGGAGUCUGCGUGGCGGAUCCGGGUCCCUGGAUAAUUUUGGAAUACACGGAACUGGGAGAUCUAGCUCAUUAUCUGCGGUACAGCGUGCCGUUGACUGGCACCUUACGUCCCAGCUGCAACUUGAAAGCUCUGAGUCAAAGCUGUCUCCUUUACAUGGGGGCUCAGAUAGCGUCGGGCAUGAGAUUCCUCGAAUCAAGAAACCUCGUCCACAAAGAUCUCGCCGCCCGAAACUGCCUUCUCGGACGAUCCUACACGGUCAAAGUCACCGACAUCGCGAUGUGCAGCGAUCUUUACAAAAAAGAUUAUUGCGACAUCGGCGGCAGACCGCCGGCCCCUAUCAGGUGGCUUCCGUGGGAGAGCAUUUUGUUGGACAGAUACACUUGCGCGAGUAGCGUCUGGUCUUUCGCCGUGACAUUUUGGGAGGUCAUGAGCCUAGCGCGAGAGAAACCCUUUCAACACCUGAGUAAUGAACAAGUUAUACAAAACGCCGAGCUUAUGUACUACGGUGGCGAACUUCAAGUAUUUUUGCCGAAACCCACGAUGUGCCCGGAUAAAGUUUACAAGGUGAUGUGCUCUUGCUGGAAACGCGACGAAACGGGGCGUCCGAGUUUCAAGGAAAUCUGCGCGUUCCUCAGCAGCGUUAACGGUGACUUCAGGCCAACGUAGAUAAAUGAGUAUUCGUUUUCAACUGUGAUAAAAAAAAAAAUAAAAAAUAAAAUAAAAUAACAUCAAAUAUAGUUGUAUCUGUCCGAUGAAUCUAUUCGCGAAAAGAUGCCCGAUGAAAAAAUUUGAAAUUUUCUAAUUUUUAGACGCAGAAGAGUAAAGUGUAAUUGAAAUAAAGAAAGAGUUAAAGAUUUCGAGGUUCCGAAAAUUGGGAAAAAAUUGACGGUAUCCGUGAAAUAUAUGGCACACAUUGAUGAAUAUAAAUACCAAAUGAUACAUGCUUGCGAAACGAACUGAGAUCAAAGCCCAAAAUUUAUGUAUUUCAACCCUCUGACUAUCCGCAGACAAGAAAGGCUAAAAGAAAGAGAAAAAAAUACAUCAUGUAGCAUAUUAUAUAUAAAUUUCGAAUAAAUCGUAGCUGCUCGUUAUCGGUGAGAAGUGUGAAUUUCGCCGAAAACUUGAUCUCAGAAUAUUUUUUGAGAACAAAAAACACCCCCUCGAUGCAUUUCUCUCUAAAAAAAAAAAAAAACGAAAAAAAUUAAUUAAAAAAAAAAAUCAAGCUACCUUUAGUGGCAGCGCAGCCAAAUACCGCGGCACACAUGAUCCUAAUGUUCUCUUCCUAUUAAAUUAGUAAUUAUUAUAACGAGUGUGUAAAAUUUUCGAUUCACAACGAUGAUAAUGAUAGUAAUCAAUGGCACGCAGCCAAAAGGGUUGAUAGAGUUUAACGCAAAUCUUGAAUCAACGACUCAUUGGAGACUCUGUAUACCAAAAAUAUAUAAUGUAUAACGUAAGCCCUGAAGGGAAUGAGAAAAAAAAAAUACUGUUAGUUCGUUAUUUCUAUGAGAUUGCAACAGAAGAUGUUAUCGUGUACAGAUAUUACCUAUUGUAACAGCUCCAUCGCUAUGAAUUAAUGAUAAUGAAUUAUACUGUAAAAUGUAACAACUGAUUCUAGUCUUGAAAAAGAGAAAAAAAAAAAGGAAGGAAAAGAAGAUUAAACAAAAAAAAAAAGAAACAAAGCCAA